GAAAUAUAAAGAAGCUGCUCACAGGUGUUAGCUGAGGACACGCUGUGGUUUGAAUGUUUGAAUGAACCUGGAUCAAUGAAGAGGACUUGUAUGUUUCUGUGUUUCCACAGACCACACUCCAGCACAGUAGCUGGCGGUAAGCGGCUUACACGUGAGGUGCCAGCCACCAUUAACGAGAAGAAGAAGAAGCUCUUCUCCGUCUUCUUCUUGUGACAUCACAGCGUGUCCUCGGCUAACAGCUGUUAGCAGAGCUUCAGUAUGAGCACAGAGAAGAGAUACAGAGGAGGAAAACACAGAGAAGAAGAGAAGGAUGAAGAUGACGAGGACUUCUUCGACUGUAAGGAAACGCUGGUGCCUCCAGACCUGAGAAAGAAGGAGGAGGAGACCCAACCAGAGUCAGAAAUCCAUCCUGAAAGAACUGAGAGACUGAUUGAAACAAGAGGCAAUGCAGAGAGUGAGACAGAAGGAGGACAUCAGGAGGAGCAGGACGACAGGCUGCAGGACGACAGGCUGCAGGAUUUGGACUCAGAGAUGAUGCAGGGGAAGAGUCGGGAUGUUGAGUUUGAUGAUGAAUAUCUGAGCGAGGUGGAGAAAGAGCUGACAGAUGAGGAGAGAGAGAGUCGACGACAACAGAGUUUAAUUCUGAAGGAAAAAGGAAACAUCCAGUUUAAAGUCAGAGAUUACACAGCGGCAGACGUCACGUACACCGAGGCUCUGGUUCUGUGUCCCGUGUGUUUCCCUGGAGAAAGAUCUGUACUGUUCUCCAACAGAGCUGCAGCCAGACUUCACCUGGAUCUGAAGGAGCAGGCGAUCUCAGACUGCACCAGAGCGAUAGAGAUGAAUCCAGACUAUGUGCGGGCGUUGCUGAGGAGGGCGGAGCUAUAUGAACAGACAGAGAAGCUGGAUGAGGCACUAGACGACUACAAGAAGGUUCUGGAGCGAGACCCGACCCAGACCAGUGCCAGACAGGCCUGCAUGAGAUUACCUCAGCAGAUUCAGGAGAAAAAUGAGAAGUUGAAAGAGGAGAUGCUCGGUAAACUGAAGGAUGUUGGGAACAUGAUCUUGAGGCCGUUCGGACUUUCAACCAACAACUUCCAGGUGAACCAGGAUCAGUCGGGAUCCUACUCCAUCAACUUCGUCCAGAACACCCACAGGUGAUGUCAUCAUGAAGUCACCGCUCUGUUUUUCACCCCAAUAAAGUUGAAUUGAUCAGUU